CGACGACAGAUUUCAGUCAAAGAGGCAGUUGGGCAUCGACGUGAGCUCUGACGCUGCCCUAUCUCCUCCUCUCCUCUUCCUCCAUACUCCGGGUUUGAAAUCUGGGUUUGAUUUAGUAUGAGUAACAAAGAUGAGGCUCUUCGAGCCAAAGAAUUAGCAGAAGAUUGGAUGGGCAAGUCAGAUUUCACAACUGCUCGUAGAGUUGCGAUUAAGGCUCAGAAAAUGGAUGCAACUCUUGAGAAUGUUGUUUCUCGCAUGAUCAUGGUGUGUGAUGUGCAUUGUGCUGCAUUGGAGAAAUCUGGGGAUGAGACUGAUUGGUACAAGAUUCUUCAGGUCGAUCAAAAUGCAGAUGAAAAUACCAUUAAGAAACAGUAUAGGAAGCUUGCCCUUUAUCUUCAUCCUGACAAAAACAAGCUCCCUGGUGCUGAAUCUGCUUUCAAAACCAUUGGGGAGGCUCAGAGGGUUCUUUUGGACAAAGAAAAAAGGAGGAUUCAUGACAUGAGACGAAAACCCGUUUUCAGAAGGCCUACACCUGCACCAGCACCAGCUCCGUCAUUUCAACCCCAGCAAGCCCCGCCCAGAACCUUUUUUAAUCAGCAUGUUUUCCAGACAAAUGUUAAUUCAACAACUAGGAAAAUACCUGAAAACCAGAAAAAACCUCAAGUUCAACCAGCUGGGUUUGAUGGUAGCUCGACCUUUCGUACCUCCUGCGCCUUUUGUCACAGGAAGUAUGAAUAUCAGAGGGAGUUUAUCGACAAACCAAUGAGCUGUUUGUGUUGCGGUAAGCAAUACAUGGCUUUUCAAGAAACUUCCCAUGGUCCAACAGUUCAGACGACUUUUGCAUCCUUCCAACAGAGCAAAGCUCCAACUCAAGAGACAGCCAAGGCACCGGAGAAGCAGCCUGAGAACUCUGCCAAAAUUUCCUCAAGUAAAGAGGGUGCUAGAUCUAAAAAAUCGGGUACUUCUGCUGAAAACACCAAUGGAAAGAGAAAGAGGAAGAAGAUGGUUGAAUCCAGUGACGGCUCUUGCAGUGAGAGUAGCAUUGAGUGCGACAAAGUUCCAGCUGGUGGGCAACAUUCGGGGUCUACUGGUGGACAGCAUUUUCGGAGGUCAGUCCGUAACAAGCAGCAGGUUUCAUAUAAAGAGAAUAAAGGCGAUGAUAACAAUAAAGAAAAGGAUGCAGAAAGUGCUGAGGAGUCUGAUUUCAGAAAGAAAUCACAUGAGAGCCAACGGUUUACAGGAACCUUACCAAACGGUAUAAACAGGAAAAAGAAGAUAAAAGAAGACCAAGUUGGAAGCUCUCGGGGUUCUUAUGCCAGUAAUGCAGCAAAGGAUUCAAGUUCAGGGAGUGCAUCAGAUACAGAGAUUUUUGAGUGUACAGAUCCUGAUUUCACUAACUUUGAGAAGCUGAGGGAAGUAGUGUGUUUCAAAGCUGGUCAGACAUGGGCAAUGUAUGAUGACAUGGAUCGAAUGCCUCGAUUCUAUGCCAUCAUCAGUAAAGUCAUCAGGAAACCUAGUUUCCUGCUUAAAAUACAAUGGCUAGAGGCUAAACCAGAUGAUGAGAAAGCAAUAAAGUGGGUUCACAAGGAAUUGCCCAUCUCUGUUGGUACUUUCAAACGUGGUGGAAAAGAGAACAUAAAUGGAACUCCAUCGUUCUCUCAUCUGAUUCACUGCAGAACAGAAAGUACGAAUGAUACUUUCAAGGUAUACCCAAGAAAAGGAGAAACAUGGGCUCUCUUCAAGAACUGGGACAUCAACUGGUCUUCUGGUCGUCGGCGUUCAUCUCAUGAGUAUGAGUAUGAAUUUGUUGAGAUUUUGUCAGAAUAUGUUGAAGGGGUUGCAAUAGAGGUUGCGUUUUUGCGUAAACUAAAAGGCUUUACAAGUGUCUUUUGUCGAAUUGCACCGGGUGAUGGACCAUACAAAUUUCAGAUUUUGCCUCAUGAGUUGCUUAGAUUCUCCCACAGCAUUCCCUCCACCAAGUUGACAGGAAAAGAAGGGAAUGGAGUUCCCGUUGGUUCUUAUGAGCUCGAUACAGCUGCAUUACCACAAAAGAUUGAAGAAGAAGCUGUCCCUGUCUCAGGAGAAGUUGCCAAGUCUAACCAAGUCCAUCGUUGCUCUCCGCCUUCAUCGGAGCCAGACUGUAUCGUCAUUCCUAAUUUCCAGUUCCACAACUUCAGCGCUGAUAGAUUAGAGGGAAAGUUUGCACCUGGCCAGAUAUGGUCAUUGAACAGCAAAGAGGAUGGCUUGCCCAAGUGUUAUGCCAAGAUUCAGCAGACUAUAUGGAGGCCGGUAUUCAAAUUGCAGAUAAACCUGCUAGAGCCAAAAUUACUUCUUGGGAACGUUACACAGUGGCGCGACAAACAAAUGCCAGUCAGUUGCGGAAAGUUCAUUUUGAAGGAAGGUCAGGACGAGAUACUCACUAAAGUGACUGGUUUUUCACAACAGAUUAAGGCAGAACAGCAAUUCAGGAAAAACGAGUACAUUGUCCUCCCAAAGACCGGCGAAAUUUGGGCAUUAUACAAGAACUGGACUGAAACAAUCAAGGCCGCAAGCUUGAAGAAGUGUGAAUACGAGGUUGUUGAAGUUCUUGAUGACAAUGACAGCCACAUUGAGGUUAUGAUGUUGGAACAGGUGGAUGGGUUUAUUUCGGUGUUCAAGGAAAAGGUGGAAGGAAGCAUCGAUGUGAAAAAGAAGAUCCCGAGGUGUGAAUUGUUCAGAUUCUCUCAUUGUGUUCCUGCAUUCCGCUUAACUGGAGAGAGAGAUGGAGCUCUUAGAGGCUAUGUAGAGAUCGAUCCAAGUGCGUUGCCCAUUAAAUUGCGAAGAUCUUAGACUAAUUCUUGUAGGGAGGUUUAUUUCCUUGUUAGUAGACUAGUAGUUGGUAGUAAAAUGGGUUUUACAUUCCGUCGAAAUGUGUAGUUUUCAGUUCUAGGACGUUAACUUUCAUCCAAAGUAUGUGUCUAACUCCAGUUUUAGUCUACUUAACAACUGUGGAAUCAUGUUGGUGGAAACCCCUUUUCCCAUA